AUUAAAGCCUGGGGUUUUAGGGUUUGUAGUAAGGAAAGAUGGAGGAAGCGAAGAUCAUCCACCUGGUAAGACACGCAGAAGCCUUUCACAAUGUCGAUGGCGAUGUGAGCCUCCAUCGCCUCUUCUUCCGGGGCGAAUGGCGCCAUCUCUCUCCGCGCCUCCUCAUUCGCGUGUUGCGGCCAUUCUGGCGCCACUUCCAAGCGUGGCUGCUCUCCUUCUUCAUUGGCAAGGCCUCUCUCAAGCAUGCCCGCGCUCGCGACCAGAACUUCUUUGAUCCCAAGCUCACUUCCAAUGGCUGGGAACAGAUUGGAAGGCUCCGCAAGAUCGUGGGAGAGAGUGGGAUUGAUCGUCGCGUUCAGCUGGUUGUGGUUUCUCCCUUGACUCGAACUUUGCAAACGGCAGUCGGUGUGUUUGGAAGCGGAGAGAUCGGCAGUCCGCCUUUUGUUGCACAGGAGCUGUGUAGAGAACGGAUGAGCGUUCGAUCGUCUGACAAGAGACGGGCCAUUAGCAACUAUGCGCCAAUGUUUACAACAGUCGAUUUUUCGCAGAUCGAAGACGAUGACGAUAAAAUGUGGAAUCCAGACACUCCCGAGACAAUGAAAGAGCUGCAAGAACGGAUCACUCUUUUUCUGCAAUGGCUUUGGGAUCGCAAAGAGACGGAGAUCGCUGUGGUUUCGCACAGCAGCUUUUUGCGCAACAUGCUCAAGCGCGCAAAUCUAUUGCUCCCGAACUGUCAACUCACGACAGUCCGACUGACAAGAUCAGGAUGCGAUUUCAGAUUUUCCGACGCUUGAAUCUGUGUCAGCCACCGCAAACGUUUUGAUACAAGGUAAUUUUCAA